CUGAUCCGCCCUGCGCAGACGGGUUGCGCAGUGGGUUGUACAGGCUACAGGUGCCGCAGGUGUCUCCUGACGCGUUAGCAGGCUUCCCGUCAUGUUCCCGCAGGUUUCCCCUCGGUCCCUGCCCUGACAUCGCACCCGGAUCCUGCCGUACGGACAUGCCGGCUCCUCUGGGCGGGACCAGGGCCGCCCCGCGCCGCCCAGCCCUCCCGCACACGCCCGGUAACUGAUCGGGCCCGGCCCGCCAACCCGGACCGUUAUACCCGGGCUCGCGCAGGACAGGUGUCACUGUACAGAAUCCAAGAUGGCGGCCAAGCGGAGUGAUCCCAUGCUGCACGUGGAGACGCGGAGCCUGGGUCGUAGGUCGUUGUCGAGCAACGUGCGCCGGCUUCACGACCACCUGAACGUUUCGCUUGAUGAGGCGGAGCGCCAGGAGUUCGUUCAGGCGCUCAACGACUACCACUACAAACGGAACGUGUACGACCUUGUCUAUAACCUCCGCAUUCUGCUGGACACGCCGGAGAAACGACAACUUUUCUCGCUUUUACGGAAGGUCAUUCCGAAAUCCGACCAGGCGCUGUUCGACAUGCACACGUCGGAGGCGUUUCUGUCGAAGGCGCCGGGAAUCCACCGCGCGGCCAGCAUGCCGGUUGCGUCCGGUCGGCCGCUAAGCCGUGGGAGCGUCGAACUCCUAAACCGGCCGGUUAGUACGAUAUCGGAACCGGAAAUGGCGCGGAAACCGCUCGGACCUCCCACGGCCGAGCCCGAACUCAAGACGAAAACCUACAAGAAGACGAACGAACCUCAGAACUUUGCCACAGAUUCCUUACAGGACAUGCGUAAGAUUGUGAUUAAGAAACCAGCGAGUAGUAAGGAGGGGAUGGGGUUCAGUAUUCGAGGAGGCUGGGAGCACGGAGUGGGGAUCUAUGUCUCCUGUGUGGACCCAGACAGCCUCUCCGAGAAGGAGGGUCUCCUCGUCGGGGACCAGAUCUUAAGAGUCAACGACUUGAACUUUGAGAAAAUGACUCACGAAGAAGCUGCCAAGAUAUUCCGAGUGGGGCGGAAGUUUGUGCUGCUUGUUCGGCAGGUCGGCAGAAUACCCAAGUCCUACGUUGCAAGCCAGACUUACACGUGGGUCGACCCUCAGGGACGCAGCAUCUCCCCCCCGCCCGAAAUGGACCUGUCCGGGAAGAACCCGCAGGACUCCGUGGGGCGGCGCAGCGGCAUGAACCUGCUCAAGGACUCCGAUGAGAGGAAGGUGAACCUAGUGGUGGGGGAGGGCAGCUCCCUUGGCCUGAUGAUCCGCGGAGGGAAGGAGUUUGACCUUGGGAUCUACAUCACAGGAGUUGACCCCUACUCCGUAGCAGAGGAGGCUGGACUCAAGGUGGGAGACCAGAUCCUGGAUGUGAACAGUGUGAACUUCCUCAGUAUCUCCCACGACGAGGCUGUCCGCAUCCUGAAGACCUCCAAGCACAUGAUGAUGACCAUCAAAGACGUGGGGCGGCUCCCGUACGCACGAACGACCUACGACCGCACCCAGUGGCUCAUGGGAGACCAGCUGUCCCAGCAUCAGGUCGCCGUCUUCAAGGACAAUCAGCCCAGGCUGUCUGGCAGCCCCAGGAAAAAAUCAGAAGCAGACGAACCGGCAAAUUCUGAGUAUGAUGCCGACAGCAGCUCCGCAGCCAACAGCACCCUGCCCAGACGGAGGAAGGACACUGAGAGCAAAAAUCGUAUAUGGGAGCAGCUUAGGACGUCAGUAAUCGGCCUGUUCUCGAAACCCAAGCGAGCGCCGGGCGGGGCGAUAGGCGGAGCGCCCGUUGCCGGUAGCGAUGACCCGUCUGUGCGUAGUAAGGACACAGAUGACGAACAGAGUUCCGUGUUCUCCAGGGGCAUGGCGCCGGGGUCACAGGUCAUGCUGGCGAGCUCGUCCACGAGCGUGAGCCACGCCCGACGCAUGAUCGAGGAAACGGCGCGGCAGCUGCUCUCCGACAACGAGAGGGGCACCAUGGGAUACUACCUGAACGAGUACGAGCGAAGCAAUAUUGACGUGGAUGCCUUGGUGAUGGCACUGUUUGAGCUGCUCAAUACACACUCCAAGUUUUCGCUGCUGUCAGAAGUCCGAUCCGUGAUUGCCCCCCGCGACAUCGACAGAUUCGACACCCUGGUCCUGAAACAGGAGGUCGAAUCCAUGAAGGGCGGGCGACCUACGGACUCAGGCUUCUCUCCCGACCGACAGUCGGAAAACUCCCUCAGCAGUACCAUCUCCAGUACCAACAGUGUUCGCACCUCCAGCUCUGCUAGAGAAUCCCUGAACGAGGAAGGGUCACGACCUAUCACCCCUCCUCAGGUCCCUAAUGAACUCCCACCUAAUGUCAAGCUAAAGCACGAUGCUGAAGGCUCAGUGGAAGUGCUGAUCGACCACAUCAACGACGACACGGAGGGACUGCCCGACUUCAACCUGGAUGAAUACUUGGAUGAGUCCGUUGGCCCGGAGAUCUCCAUGGAGAUCCCCACCCCUGAGGAGUUUGAGCCGCCGCCGCCCCCCUCCCACGCCCCCCCUCCCCGCCCUGACGGCAAGCAGAAGGUCCAGGCCGAGGUGCACUUCAACGGGGCGGCCGCUAGCAAGAAUGCCCUGAAGCCUGGGAAGGACCUGGCCCAGCAGUCCAGUGUGAGUGAGGACAGCGGCGUGGACCUGACUCUCAACAGCAACAACGGCAGCAAAGAGAGUGUCACCAUAUCGCCUAACCCUGUCACCAUCAGCGAGGUCCAUGAAAACGCUUACGAAAGCGGGGAUGACUCCACGCUCCGCGACACCUCGUUCCGCACCGCUAACGAAACUCCCGACUCCUCCUUCCACUCUGCUGCCAUGGAAACCCCACCUAGACUGACCAAUGGCAGGGAGGCACCAGAGGCUGUGCCCAAAUUUGGCAGGUCGGCCACGCAGAUGACCAAUGGGCUGCAAGAGGAAGACAUCAAUCAGAGAAGACCAGAGGACGACAGACACUCCGACCUUCCGGAUAGGGACAGAGGUCAAGGGUCACCCACCCAGUGGAACGAGAGGGACAGAGGUCAGAGGUCGUCGCCCCCGGUGAAGCCCCAGCAGCCGCCUCCCCCGCCGCCAAGAAUGGACAUGGUCAACGGGACCGGAACGCUGAGGGGAGACAGUCCGGCAGAAUCCAUGGUCUCCAGCCCCGGCCUGAACCACCCCUACCUAGUCACAGUGCCAAAAGUCGCCCCCACCCUGGGCAUCGCGAUCGAGGGCGGGGCCAACACCCGGCAACCGCUGCCAAGAAUCAUCACUAUACAGCCUGGUGGCUCAGCUGACCAAUCAGGAGCCCUUCAGGUAGGUCAUGUGAUCCUGGAGGUUGACGGCAAGUCUCUACAAGGCUUGGAGCACAAGGACGCGGCGCGAGCGAUCGCCCAGGCCUUCCGUACCCCCGCCAAAGACUAUGUGCAGUUCCUGGUCAUGCUGCAAGACAAGUCAUAGUAGUGGUCAGCCUGGAGACCUGAUGAACCUGCCUGUAGUACCAACUGUACCUGCCAGGGGCACUGCUCCAUAAUGCUGCAGGACAAGUCAUAGUAGUGGUCAGCCUGGAGACCUGAUGAACCUGCCUGUAGUACCAACUGUACCUGCCAGGGGCACUGCUCCAUAAUGCUACAGGACAAGUCAUAGUAGUGGUCAGCCUGGAGACUGGUGAACCUGCCUGUAGUACCAACUGUACCUGCCAGGGGCGCUGCUCCAUACUGCUGCAGGACAAGUCAUAGUAGUGGUCAGCCUGGAGACCUGGUGAACCUGCCUGUAGUACCAACUGUACCUGCCAGGGGCGCUGUUCUGCAGUCCGGGACAAGUCAUAGUAGUGGUCAGCUGCGAGAUGUACUCCAAGUGGCUGAUGUUGGUACUGCAGGCAGGUGUUGCUGUUACAACUGCAGCCAUACUAUACACGAUCCUUGGCAGCUGCAGCAAUGUGAGCAGCUCUCCAGGCUGCUGCAAUUG